CAUGACGUGUUGCAUUGGAAAUGGCAGACAGAAACGCCAAAGACUCGACCCCUCCGCCGCUUUUGUUUAUGCCUGCAGGAGGAGGGCUGACUCUUAAUCCCCCAGAUCAUCCAAAUGUGUUGAUGCCUGUUAUUCAAAGUGAACCAUCGCUUUUAGGAUCCGAUGAAGAGGGUGAAGCUGACAGUUUUGUUGGACAGUCCCCGCCACCAGGGCCAAAUGCUCCCGCACAGCCUUCAACCUUUAACCUGUUCCAGAAGCCCGGAGGAUCUGGAGCUGAUCCUUUUUCACAGGUGGGACACAAUCCUCACCCGGGUCCCACACCAACCAGUCUGUUUGGUUCUCCAGCUGUCACAACAGCAACACAGCCAGUGGUACAGCCCAGCUUAACUCCAAAGUCACAACCUGGUCAGCAAUCAAGCUUCAAUGGAGCUCCGGUCUCACAGCCCAUGUUCGGAAGCUCUCCAGCUCCCCCUCCAGCAGUUGGAAACCAGUUCCGUAAGCAACAAGGACAGAGGCUGGCAACAUAUGCUCAAAUGCCUUCAGGGACAUACGCUGGAAACCAAGGCUCACCAAAUCCAUACUCCCUGGGACAAUCACCGAGUAUGAUGCCUCCCGGGCCACAACCAAGUAGUAUAAUGUCACCAGGACAACCCCCAUACAUACCUCCAACUGGAGGUCUGCCUCCGGUUCCUCCCUCCAUCCAGCCAUCAGUUCCCAUGCCAACAUCUUCAUUCCCUUAUGGAGGCCCCCCUGUUGCACAAGUGAACCCAACAUUCUCCCAGGCAUCCUUUACACAGAAAUCACAAGUCACCUUUGAUAUGGACAAGUCUAAUUUCUCAGGGGCUCCCCAAGGGGGUUUCUACCAGCCUGUACGGGCUCACUGGUGUUUUUCUAAAAGAGUGGAGAGUAAGCUGAUCUGGUUUCCGUUCUCACUUAAAGACAGUUUGGCUAUAGAAGAGGCCCACAGAAGUGGUAUGGAGGUGGUGCCCACUGAUGGUGGCCGUUAUGAUGUGUUCAUGUCAAAUCGUACGCGGAAGGCUGUGUAUUGGGAGGAGGACCCCAGUCCGGUGGUGAGGAGUUCCUGGUUUUACAAGCGAGAGGGUGAUAAUCGCUAUGUUCCAUAUGAGGAACAGAUUGCUCAGAGACUUGAGAAUGAGUACCAGAAUGCAAUGACGAAUAAUGCAUGGCAUAAGAGGUUAGAAUUCCCUGGAGGAGAGACCGUUGUGAUGCACAAUCAAAAUGUGAUGGUCCACUUUCAGCCGUCCUCUCAGCCAGACGAGUGGGGCACGGUACAGGGUCCUCCUCCUCCUCUUAUGGAGGAAGGCAUGAGACCCAGAGUGGUGAAGAGAGGUGUAGAGGACUUUGAGAGUAUACAGGAGGGGGAGCCUAAUCAAGUUGAUCAUCUGGUGUUUAUGGUCCAUGGCAUCGGAUCUUUCUGCGACGUCAAGUUCAGGAAUAUAGUUGAGUGUGUGGAUGACUUCAGGUCAAUAUCCCUGAGCCUGCAGCAGUCCCAUUUUAAGAGUCAUGUAGAUUCUAACCGCAUUGGUCGAGUGGAGUUUCUACCUGUACACUGGCACUCCGCCUUACACGGCGACGCUACAGGUCUCGACAAGAUGCUGAAGAAGAUUACGUUACCGAGCACAGGCAAGCUAAGAAACUUCGUCAAUGAUACACUGAUGGAUAUAUUAUUCUACACGAGUCCCACCUACUGUCAGAUGAUAGCGGAGACUGUUGGUGAAGAAAUGAACAGACUCUAUAAUUUAUUCCUCAGUAGGAAUCCUCGCUUUCAGGGAACUGUAGGUGUAGCGGGACACAGCUUAGGUUCUACAAUCCUGUUUGAUUUGCUGUUACACCAGAAAGAUCCAAGUUCUCCUGACCUACAACCUCCGACCGACAGUGCCCCUCCCCAGGGGAACACUAGUCUGUCGACCAGCUUUACCGAUGACAGUCACUCAACAUCUAGUCAAAACGAUGGUUUGGAGGAAGAGGAGUCAGAAAUUACCUUGGAGGAACUCCUGGCCAAGGUCGGACUACAGGACAAGCUCGAGGUAUUCCAUCAGGAGCAGAUUGACAUGGAGUCACUGAGCAUGUGCAGUGAAGGAGACCUCAAGGACCUAGGACUUCCUAUGGGACCCAGGAAAAAACUUCAAGGACUUCUCAAGGAUGAGCAACACAGGAAGCAAAGAAAAUCUGAGCGAGUAGACAGGAAAGCAAAAGAAGACAUAGAAAGGAGGAUACGGGAACAACUGGAGGAAGAAAUGAAGUCUCAGGCAGCUCAAAGUAAACCAAGUGCGACCCGCUCGGCCAGUAUUAAUGUGGAGUAUAUCCAGGGUGUGUCGGGGACAGGGCGACCAAUGGUAACCUACCCACAGCUAGCAUUUAAACCUAGCGCCUUCAUCGCCAUGGGAUCUCCUAUCGGCAUAUUUCUUUCAGCACGAGGUCUUGACAAAGUCGGUGAAGAUUUUAGACUUCCAACAUGUUCAAGAUUAUUCAACAUUUUUCAUCCAUUUGAUCCUGUGGCCUACCGACUCGAGCCUUUAGUUACUUUGUCAGCUGUCAAUAUCAAACCGGUGCUUAUACCACAUCACAAAGGCCGCAAACGGCUUCACCUCGAGCUAAAAGAGAGUUUGUCUAGAGUGGGUGCCGACAUAAAACAGAAGAUUGUGGACUCACUGAAAAGUACCUGGACCACCAUUAAUGACUUCGCCAAGGCUCACCGCAGUGAACCUACACUUGGAGAUUCACUGGAGCAGCAAGUCGAUUCUCAGAUAUCUUCGGUUAUGCAUGACCUGUCACAGGAGGAAGACGAUAAAUUAUCUAUAGCCUCCAGCCCUGAGGAGGAUAUCUACAUGGGCCAGAUGAAUGAGGGACGACGUAUUGACUACGUUCUACAGGAGCGACCAAUAGAGAGCUUUAAUGACUAUCUGUUUGCCCUGGCAAGUCAUGGAUGCUACUGGGAGUCGGAGGAUACAGUUUUACUUGUGAUACGAGAGUUAUAUGGCCCCAUGGGAAUUCUGCCUGAAAUGCCAGAUUCAAGUGGAAAGCGUCUUUACACUGGUCCGCCACCUACAGGACUCCCACCAACAGGACUCCCAAGAGGGAUACAACAAGUGCCCAUGAUGCCACAGCAACCUGUAGGAGGACCUCCACAACCGUUCUCCCCACAGGUGCCCCUGAUGAGUCAGCAGACCAGCGUACCAUUAAUGACACCUCCAUCAGGACCUAAUAUCAGUCAGGGGCCCCCUAUGGGGAUAGCUCCACCUCUCCAAGGUUUUAUGCGAACAGGACCAAAAUAAAUUCAUCAUUCACUCUCAAGGUAUUUUCUUCAUGUUGAUCAAAAAUGUUCUGUGAAAAAUGAUGAUCACAUGACAUUUUUGACUGUAGUGUUUCAUUUUAUUUCAAAUCCUACGAAGCCAGGAAAAGUUAAAACAGAUGUAAAUUGUUAGUGAAUCCAUUGAAAGGUACCCAAGCUGUAACUAACUUGACAUGCCAUAUAUUUCUUGGUAAUUAGCAAAAUAGGGACAUUCUCUGGGACAUUUUGCUCAUUACAAAGUAUAAUCCGACACAUAUUGCUGUGCGUUUCUAAUUUAUUAAACUAACUGUUGCAUGUGACAUACUGUUAGUGUUUCGUCCUUUAAGUGUUUUGUUGAGAACAGUCUUUUUUAUGUCAGAUGUUUAGGAGAUGAAGAUAUUUUUUUCAAUUUUUGGGAAUUGGCCCAAAAGCAUUAACAUGAUUGUAGAUAUCUGAUUUGAAUGUCGAGUCAUUCAAGUGCCAGUCGAGCCAUAAUACUUCUGUGAAAUAGGUUUAUAAAUAAUCACACAAUGCCAUAUGAGAAAAACUAGUCAGGCCUGUAAUAAUCUUAACAUUUUAGUUACAUCAUAUGGGCUAGGAGAGCUGUAAAAUGUGUCUUAUUAAAGAUGAGAAGUCCUUUUUAUGUGAACAUACGAGUCUCAUUAUUAUCCGUUGAUCUGCUUUCUUCUGGUGCAUAUAUACAACAUUUAAUGGGCUCUGUUUCCGUAUAAUUAGGAGAGGUGUCACAUUUAUUUUGUGCAACCCUAGUAAUAUUUUUGUAAAAUUUGGAGUUUUUAGCAACUCAAAUAUUACGUGAAAUUAAAUUCUAUGUAAAGCAUUAGCAUGUGUGUGGUUCCUUAUUGAUUGUUUAAUCUUUAUGAGGAAGAGAAGUUAAAUAUUUAUGUCAGUAUCUGAUACAUAAUAAAAUUUAUGAUAAGCACAUGUCCACAAUUAAACUCACUCCUGCUUACAAACUUCACACCCAAGUAUUAUUCUUCCUAUAUAUAGAUUCAGUCAAAUUUAGGGGCAGAUCCUUUUUUUUUUAAGUCACCGGAGCCUUACCUCAAGUGACCUAUUGCUAUCCGUCUUUGUUCUUGCGUCGUGCGU